AUGCCGGAGCAAAGCAAUGAUUACCGGGUGGCUGUGUUCGGUGCAGGUGGUGUUGGCAAGAGCUCUCUCGUCUUGCGGUUUGUGAAAGGCACGUUUCGGGAGAGCUACAUCCCCACUGUGGAAGACACGUACCGGCAGGUCAUCAGCUGUGACAAGAGCAUCUGCACCCUGCAGAUCACGGACACCACGGGCAGUCACCAGUUCCCGGCCAUGCAGCGGCUAUCCAUCUCCAAAGGGCACGCUUUCAUCCUGGUCUACUCCAUCACCAGCCGGCAGUCUCUGGAGGAGCUCAAGCCCAUCUAUGAGCAAAUCUGCGAGAUCAAAGGGGACGUGGAGAGCAUCCCCAUCAUGCUGGUGGGGAACAAGUGUGACGAGAGCCCGAACCGCGAAGUGGAGAGCAGUGAGGCUGAGGUGCUGGCCCGCAAGUGGAAGUGCGCCUUCAUGGAGACCUCGGCCAAGCUCAACCUCAACGUGAAGGAGCUCUUCCAGGAGCUGCUCAACCUGGAGAAGCGCAGGACCGUGAGCCUCCAGAUCGACGGGAAAAAGAGCAAGCAGCAGAAAAGGAAAGAGAAGCUCAAGGGAAAGUGCGUGGUCAUGUGA